GACAUGAGUAAAAGGCUCGGUGUCUUAGUUAAUACAAGAUGGCGACUAUUUUGCAAGGAUUGUUUAGAAGUCGCUUUCAAGUACUUUCAAGUCGGCAAUUUUGGUUUGGUGAAGUUCAGAGUUUUCAUCCUAUUUCUUGGUGUGUUUUUCAAGCACUUUUUGGGAAUGACAGAGCAAGAAUACUACAAAGUAAUAACAUACUUCCUGGUAGAAGAUCAGCAGGGUCAUAUUUGGACAUAAAGAAGCAUCACAGGGCAUAUGGCUCUCAAAUAUUAAAAUUCAAUCAUCUUCCUGUGAUACAUAUCAAAGCAACAUUUAACAAUACAGUCAUUACAAUAUUGGACAAAAAUGAAAAAACGUUGGGAUGGGUUUCAGCGGGAACAGAGGGAUUCAAGAAUGCAAGGGGAGGAAGUUCUACAGCAGCACGACAGGCUGGAAUAGCAGCUGCUCAGAAAGCAAUUUCAUUAGGAGUAGACAAAGCACGAAUAAAAAUCCGUGGUAUUGGAACUGGACGACAGGGUGCAGUAAAUGGCAUUGUAUUUGCUGGAGUGGACGUGGUCUCAGUUACAGAUGUUACCCCUGUUCCUCAUAAUGGCUGUAGACCCAGAAAAGCUAGAAGAGUGUAAAGUGACAAAGUAUUAAAAAAAGUUCUCAAUUUGA